UGGUUUUUCUUGGAAACUCGCUGACACCCACAGCCCAGCCCAGCCUUGCACUUUCACGAGGAAAUGAUCUUUCGCGACCUUGGCCCGCGAAUACCGCGUGUUUUCACGCUCCGUACCUCAUCCUUCCUUAUCGUUUCUCCAUCUAGUCAUCCCGGAAAAUACCUAGGUAGGUAAGGCAGCCGUCGAGAUUAGUUAGGCCAUCCAUCUAUGAUUCUCCCGCGUACGUGUGCGUGUAUGUGUAGCUACAAUCACGGCCGCACAACCACCACCACCAUUACCACCGGCGCCCAAUGCCCCCACGGCGCAUCUCAAUCCCUCCGCGACGUCGCGUGAGGCGGCCCGAAACCCCGCCCCCGGCCUACACAGAACACGACAUGAACUCGUCGGCGCCGUACGAGCUCGACGACGGCGGCGCCACCGUCAUCACAGACACCGGCCUCGCCCUCCCCGUCGUCAGCAGCCCCCGCUGCCAAUCCACCUUCUGCUACCGCACCGUCACAGUCGCCAGCCACUACUGCCGCAAGCACGAGUGCCAUGUCUCCGGGUGCGUCUCCCGCCGCGAAAAAGGCCGCGGCAGACGCUUCUGCGCGAACCACCAGUGUCGCUGGCGUGGCUGUGAAGCCGCCAGAGCUACCCCGUCUCAUUACUGUGUGAAACACACCUGCGAGACUGUGGGUUGUAAUACUCUUAGCCCGGAAGACGGGUACAGGUACUGCGACGCGCACACGUGCAAGAUCCAGCGGUGUCCGGGCCGCCGCGAGGCGCCCGCGAAGUUCUGCUCUAAACACCGCUGUCGCGCGGACGCGUGUGUGCGUCCGUUCGUCAAGGCGAGCGAGUUCUGCGCGGAGCAUAAGUGCGAGGUUGAUCGGUGUCGGGCUGCGCGGAAGGGCGCGGGGAGGGUUUGUGUGCGGCAUGAGUGUUCGGUGGAGGAGUGUGCCGCGCGCAGGUUCGAGAAGAGCCAGUUCUGCGCGACGCAUAAGUGUGUUUCGAAGGGGUGUGGCGAGGCGCAGAUUGAGGGGUUUAGACAUUGUGGGAAACAUAAGUGUCGGGAUUGCGAACGCCCGUGUAUUCCUGAGAGUGGCUUUUGUCGCAGACAUAAGUGCUGGAAGGCGCGGUGUUUGGAGGUGAGGGCGGAGGGCUCGACGUGGUGCGAGAGACAUGUUUGUCAUUGGGAUGCGUGUGUUGAGCCCGCGCUUAGGUGUGAUGGGUUUUGCGGCGAUCAUACUUGUGCGGUUGGGGAGUGUUUGGAGAAAGCGUAUAAAACGGACGAUGCGGUUAGUGAUUAUUGUCAGAAUCAUACGUGCACCGAGGAGGGAUGUCUUCAGAAAACUUCGAAGGCGACGUAUUGUACCCUGCAUGAGUGUCAACGGCGCGCGUGCCCGGACUCGAGGUUUUGGGACGAUGAAGAGUGUGGGAGGGAACACGCGUGUUGUAAGAGUCAUACGUGCGAUCAGAAGGAAUGCUCUGCUCCGACGGUUCGACAUAGAGCUUUCUGCGAGAACCACAUUUGCUCGUUUAGCGACGGUUGCUUAUUACCCCGGGCGCCGAACUUGGGGUGCUGUGAGGCGCAUAAGUGCUACGAGGAAGGAUGUCGAGAUCCGUGUAUCCUAGACAGCUUGUUCUGCAAAGCCCAUACCUGUGCGAAGAGAGGAGGUUGUACUGAGGGUCCCGUCGCGGGAGGCCGGUUCUGCACGCGGCAUUCUUGCGUUCAGCCUGGUUGUGUGGAACGUGGUGGCGACGGCGGUUUCUGUAAGGAUCAUAUGUGUACCUGGGAGUCGGGUUGCCAGAAUGGUCGCGGCAGCGUGGAACAGCUUUAUUGCGAUACCCACACGUGUACGCAGCGGGACUGCUACGAGAGAUGCAAAGGGGCUCGUGGGUUAUGCGCUAUACAUGCGUGUCAUUGGAGCCAGGCCUGCGUGAAUACACCUAUCAACUCCGGCGACUUCUGCCAACGGCAUACUUGUGUCAAAGAUGGGUGUGCUAGAGCUAGUGUGGUUGAGGAAAGCUUAUGCGGUCGUCAUGCUUGUUCUUGGAACUCGUCGAUCUGUCUUAAGCCGCGGUGGAAGAGAAGCAGCUUUUGCGAAGAUCAUACGUGUGGGGAGAUGGGUUGCGGGUUUUCUCGAGCCCCUGGUGGAUCGUAUUGCCCCGACCAUUCUUGCCAAGGGUCUACAUCUUGUAAAGGACAGGCGGAGAUGGGUAGCGACUAUUGCAUCGACCACAAGUGCAGCAGGCCGAACUGUAGGCUGAAGAGCGUGGGAGGUACGCCGUUUUGCAAGAAUCAUAAAUCUCUAGGUCCCCCUAUAGGGAUCCAUGACCUAGCAAGCUUGCAGAGCUUUCGAUCGCGAAGCCCUUUUGGGUUCAUUGACCCCGUCAUCGCUGCGUCGCUCACAGACAUGAGACCACCAAGAGCGAAGACCCCGAAACAUACCUCGAAGCAACGUCAAUGGGUAUAGGAUAGUGUAUCAAUCGUGUUAUUCAUUCGAAAUGGGAUAUUGGUUUAGACUGUACGUACAAGGGAUUCAUUUUCUGGAAACUAAUGACUGUUAUGUACUACUUCCUUAAUUAGCAUGGCUUAACGUAUGAGCGACCUGGUCUGUAUCAUUAGACUGGGUAAUUAUGAGUUAAGAUAGGUAUGGACUACGGAUUAUGAAUUGAGAACAGACAUGAUCAUGGGUCUAGGCAAUAAAACUUAUUGAUUCAGGUUGUUGCAUUUAAAAUGUUGAGAUCGAAGAACAUAGAUGAGUAGUACUCAGCAACUUUCAACGAAGUUCUGCAUAAUCAUAUGGUCGGUCUGCCAUGAAUGGAAAUAUAUACAAUAUCAAAAUCGCCCUCACAAGGGUUUCCGUACAUUAACUCCCCUCUCAUAAUAUCAUCCCUAAAGGCGUGGCCGUUAGGACCAAAGCCUACCUACCUACCUACCUAGGUACCCAACUCACGGAUAAACCACCACCAAAGUCACCUUCGUCCACGGCCUCUCCGGAUCAUACGCUU